AUGGAGGGCUCGGGGACGCCACGGGCCCCCUUGCUCCACGCAGAUCCUCGACAAGAAGGGAUUGGUCAGGCAGCCUGGCAACUGGAAGACUGCUUGAAAGACCGCUUGUUCUCUUCAUAUCCAUCCAAUUACAAGGCCAGACAACUGCACUUUGAAGUAGCUCGAGCUAAUCUUCAUUAUACCAGAGCCCUGGCGAUAAUGCUGAUUCUCACCGUCUUUGAGACACCUCCCUGGUGUAAUCUCGACAACUUCUUCGCGUGGGAAAGCGGAGAAGAGCGCUGCCAAGUCGAAGGGGUCUCGUCCUCCCACAUCCUCUUGUCCAACGUGUCCUACAUUCCGCCGGGCUGGAGCCUGGUGAUCGAAGGGAUCAUUCUAUUCGUGAUCGCCCGGAAGCUCCUGUUGGAAAGGAUGUUACAGGUCCGCUACUUCAAACCCAUUGCCGUGGAGUAUCACAGCUUGCCGGUGAUUCGCUUUGGUUUGGUCAUGUGCCUUUGGAAGUUGGCCGACAUGUUGGUCUUCGGCCUCUUCCGCCCCAACUUCCGCACGGCCUUUGUGGCCCGGACGGGAUUUCUGGUGAUGCUCCCCUCGGUGCGGCGGCUGGGCCAUUGCGUCUUCUCGGUGAUUGGGGAGUUCAUGUCCAUUGCGGUGAUCUACGUUGGGACGGUGAUCUUUUUCGCAUGGGUCUUUGUGACCAUUUUCGAUGAUAUCGAAGGCAUUGUGCAUGGCAAGCCGGUGAAUCAUGGACUGGAUUCCUUUUCAAGGUCCUUAAACACCAUCUUCAUUGCUGGGUCUACAGAUGACUUUGUAGAUUGUCUGCUGCCCACUUACACAUCCUACAGAAGCAGUGGAUUGCUUUGGUUUGUCUUCCUGGUCAUCGUGCAUGUUUUGCUGCUCAACCUGGUUUUAGACACACUUGUAGCCGCUUACACCAAAUACUCUGAAGAGCAGGAGGAAGAAAUCACCAGUGAAAAGGUGCAAGGCAUUCUCAACGUCUUUCGAACAGUUUCCAGAGUCACUGAUUCAAGUGUGAUCACUCGGCAGACCUUCAUGGACUUCUGUGAGGAAUUCAGCAGAUCUCCUGGGGUGAGAAGCCUUGCCGGCGAGACAGCAGACAUUAUGUUCACCACGAUGGAUGCUGAUGGAAGCAAUGAACUUGAGAAGGAUGAGUUCUUUGGCAUUUGUGGUGUGAUCCAGUAUGAUUUCUGGGCUGUUGUCACAGACUCGCCUGUGAAGCAGGUUUUCCCAGCACUUUGGGAUAGCAAGGGCUUCAGCUACUUUAGGCAGCAGGUGUACAAUGGGAACUUCGACACCUUCAUGAAUUACGUCUUAUUGUUGAAUCUCUUGCUGGUUGUCUCUGAGACAGCAUACGAUCUAAAUGGAUGGGAAGAGGCCAAACUCAUGGAGCAUUUGGAGCUGAUUUUCUCCUUCGUUUACGUGACAGAAGUGGGACUCACCCUCUGUGUGUAUUCCUGGGCAGAAUAUUGGAGCUCUCGAUCCAAUCAGUUUGACUUCAUGACCACAUGGCUUUUGCUGGGUUCUUCUGUUGGUUACGAGUUGGUCAACACUUCUGGCAGUGGGCUGAACGUGAAGAAGUAUAUGAACAUCUUACGGCUCCUCCGUCUUCUUCGAGUUGCCAAGCAACUCAAGAGACUGAAAGCUGUUCAGUUCAUGAUCGCCACUAUUACCAAGCUUAUCAUGGCUUCACAAGAAAUCUUGAUCCUCCUUGGAGUCAUUGUGUUCUUCUUCUCAGCCUUGGGCUUGCAGCUUUGGGGAGGGACUUUGUACAAGACGCAUCCGGCUCUGGAAGGGACGGAGUAUGAAGAGAAAGACUUUUUUGUGCUCAACUUCAAUGACUUCCUGAUGUCGUUUGCUGUUUGGGUCGUCUUGCUUUUGUGUGAAUACAAAGAUGAGUUCUCCUCAGCCGUGGCAGCCACAUCUUCAGUGCCGGGAAGCUGGCUCGUCUUCUUGCUCUUCUAUAUAUUGGGUGUUAGCAUCAUUUUCGAGCUGGUGAAAGCGUUUACCAUUGAAGUCUUUGUGGAGCUGCACAAACAUCGCAACAAAGAAGUGAAGGAAUUCCAGGCUUUGAAGGCAGUGGAAGCUGAAGUGACAUCACGUGGGCAGACCUUGCAUUAUCGAAUUGUCGGGGACCUGACGCUUCAUGAGAAGAUUAUUGCAGCCCUUGAAGAGGUCGAGCAUGAGAUCCAUGAGGAGCUUGAAAGUGGCCAUCACGGUGAGAAUGGUCAUGAUGGCCAUGCAAAUGGCGGCCAUGCAAAUGGCGGCCAUGCAAACGGUCAUGGCCAUGGCGGUUAG